AUGACAUCGGUGGGCGUCUUGCAUGCAGUGGUGGUACAGUACUUCGUACAUGCUGCAUGUCCCGGGAGAAAAAACUCAAAAAGGAAAUACUCGUCAUUCGUCGCCAGCGCAAAGAACAAGACGUCAACAUAUCGCCAUGAGAGACGGCGACCAAAAACAAAGCCGGCCGGCUCAGACGUAGAAAUGGCAAAAAGAUAA